AUGGCUCGCUCGCUUGGCAAGGUUCAGAAACAAAUAUCAAAAAAGCGAGGAGGGAAGCCCAACAGUCUGCAUGAAAACAGUCGAGAUGCGAGAAGACUCCGGACAGCGGCCGCCAGGGAGGAGAAACUAUCUCGUAUGAUGGAUGCAGCAGUACGGGCGAAUCAAGUCUAUGGUGAUUAUGAUCUUGCAUCUCCGUGUCCAGUGCGUCGAUCUAAUCAGUGUUUCAAAGUUGAUAGAGUGGCGUGGUUCAAGUCAGCCAUUGAGGGCUCGGUUGGAUCUUUAAGUGACGAAGAAAUGCAUGUCCUGACACAAAGCUUUAUCGAUCGUGAGGAUGAGCAGUUGGCCGAGGCAAGAGCACAACGAAGACCGGGGAGACCGCCCACGAAGCUGGAGGAUCAGAUCACAUUGCGGAAAGACGCUGAGGCGCGCGAAUUCCGUGGCGGAUUCUGGGUGCCGGAACUUCGAAAUGAGCAGAGCCGCGCAAAGCUGGAAAGAUGGGCAGGGGAAUGGGGUGGUUUGAACACUCUGGACUUUGUCCGUGUUGUCAAAUCUGGAACUAUCAAGCCCUCAAGCUUCCCACCUAAAGGACUUUCGUGA